GCAACAACAAGAACAGCACGUGUUUGUAAUUUAUUUUCUGACUUGUAUUUUGUUUGUUUCUAAUGUAAUUAGAUUUAUAGUAAAGUUUAAUCACAAAAUGGAAAUAGAAAGUAAAUCAAAGAAAGAUAUUUGCAAAAAAAUAUUACAGAAGCCAAGUUUAGCAUACACAAGUGAUCCUGAUUUUCGUAAACCACCAAAAAUUAAAAACCCGCAUUUACAAUGCCUAGGAGCACCUCAUAUUGAUUCAUUCGACUAUAUGUUGACGGACGGAUUAAAAGCAGCUAUAGAUGAUUUAAUACCAGUAGAAUUUGACACAACGAAUGGUGAAAGAGUUAAAAUUGAUAUAGUGGAAGCCGCAUUCGCGAAACCAAGUGUCCCGUUGGGAGUGGUUGGUGUAAAGAACCAAAAUGUGUAUCCAAGCGAAUGUAGACAAAGAGCUGCUACUUACAAGGGGGAUUUUAAAAUAAGACUAAGCAUUACGAUCAAUGAAAAAACCAUGCACUUAGACAGAUCUUUGGGACAACUACCUAUAAUGGUAAAGUCAAAGAUGUGUCACUUGACGGAUUUGACAGCCGAAGAGCUAAUUGACCACAACGAACAUGCGGAUGAGUGGGGAGGAUAUUUCAUUGUGAGAGGUCACGAACGCUUGGCACGAAUGCUUCUAGUCACACGGAGAAAUUACCCAGUAGCGAUUAAGAGGUCAAAUUGGAAGCUAAGGGGCAACCUGUUUACUGACUAUGGUAUCCUAUUGAAAUGUGUCAGGCCUGACCAGACUAGUACAAACAAUGUGCUGCAUUUUCUGCAAAACGGAACGUGCAAAUUGAUGUUCUCACACCGCAAGACAAUGUACUACGCUCCACUGGUACUAAUACUCAAGUGUUUGGUGGACUGGCCGGAUCAUUACAUCUAUAGAUUUCUGUUGCACGGAAUGAAAAAUGAUUUAUAUUACGUUAACUGCAUCCAGAAUAUGCUGCGUGAACUGCACGAACAAGAGCUGAACACCCAGGCGGAGUGCCGCGCGUAUCUGGGCCGGAUGUUCAGGCCCAAGGUAGUGGAGCUGCCGCCCUGGGCUACCGAUCUGGAAGCCACGGAGUUCCUGCUGAAGCGAUGCGUCAUGAUACACCUGGAUGACUAUAAGGACAAGUUCUACGGACUCGUGUUUAUGACGCAGAAGCUGUUCGACCUUGUGCAGAAUAAGUGUAAGGUCGAAGGUGCCGACGCGGUUAUGGUGCAGGAGUUGCAAGUCGGUGGACACCUGUAUCUGCAGGUUUUGAAGGAGAGGCUACAGAACCUAAUGUAUGUGAUCAAAUUGGUGUUGGAGAAGAAGGCAAGGACAGGAACGACAUUAACUUUUAAUGCUGCAGAGCUGCAGUCUAUAAUCCGGUCAGCAGGCAGUUUGGAACAGAAGAUGGAGACAUUCAUAUCGACGGGCAACGCGCCCUCUACUAAUGUGAACCUUGCUCAGAACAAGGGUCUCACCAUCGUCGCCGAGAACAUCAACCGGAUGAGAUAUAUGUCUCAUUUUAAAGCGAUACACCGCGGCCUGUUCUUCAUGUCCAUGAGGACCACGGAGGCUCGGCAGCUGCUGCCGGACGCGUGGGGGUUCGUGUGUCCGGUGCACACGCCGGACGGGUCGCCCUGCGGCCUGCUCAACCACCUGUCAGCGUCCGCACAGGUGACGCCAUUUUUAGAUCGUAAACAAACAGAAAAAUUACCGCAUGUGCUGGAGAAUUGUGGCAUGAGGUCCGUGACAGAUAUUCCGCUGCCGAACGACGUGUAUAUGUACCCAGUGUUCAUUGACGGCAGGCUGGUGGGAUACCUGCCCGAAGAUACCGCGCACAAGUCCAUGGCGUACGUGAGAACUUUGAAGGUGAUGUCGGAGGACGUGCCCAUCACUACAGAAAUUGUUCUAGUGCCGAAGAUACAGGUCCCCGCGCAAUACGCAGGCGUGUUCCUGUUCACGACCGAAGCGCGUAUGAUGAGACCCGUUAUCAACCUGGCCACAGGACAGUUGGAACUGAUCGGCACAAUGGAACAGCUUUACCUGGAUAUAGCCAUCUCGCAGAACGAGAUUAUCAAAGGCAAAACGACUCAUCUGGAGCUCUCAAAGUCUGCAUUCAUGAGCAACCUCGCUCAGCUGGUUCCGAUGCCUGACUGCAACCAAUCGCCUCGUAACAUGUACCAGUGUCAGAUGGGUAAGCAGACCAUGGGGACCCCCAUACACACGUGGGGCACCAACGCGGAGACCAAGUUGUACCGACUGCAGACUGGAGCCACGCCGCUGUUCCGACCCCUCCACCACGAUCUGCUCGGCUUGGACGACUAUCCCGCCGGGACUAACGCCAUUCUCGCUGUUAUUUCUUACACGGGCUACGACAUGGAAGACGCUAUGAUAAUUAACAAGAGCGCACACGAGCGAGGGUUCGCAGCCGGCACCGUCUACAAGUCCCAGUUCAUCGAGCUGAAGGCUCAGAGCUCGUUCUUCAUCAGGGACCCCAAGAGGCCCGAGCUGGCACAGUACAUCGAUGAUGACGGACUGCCAGCGGUCGGCGCCAGGAUCAAUAAUAAUGAACCCUUCUAUUGUUUCUACGACGGAGAAACGAGCAAGUUUGUUGUGGCGAAGUUUCACGGAAAGGAGGAGGUGUUUGUGGACAGCGUGAGGCUGUGUGGGGACUUCUCUCCCAAGGCCACGAAGAAAGCCUGCAUCAUGCUGAGGAUACAGCGUAACCCAACAGUAGGCGACAAGUUCGCGUCUCGCGCCGGCCAGAAGGGGAUCUGCUCACAGCUGUGGCCGGCCGAAGAUCUGCCGUUCACGGAGUCGGGCCUGAUCCCCGAUAUCCUGUUCAACCCGCACGGGUUCCCGUCGCGGAUGACCAUAGCCAUGAUGAUCGAGUGUAUGGCGGGGAAGGCGGCUUGCCUACAUGGACACGUACACGACGCGACGCCGUUCAGGUUCAACGAAAAGGACACGGCUAUCAACUACUUCGGGCGGCUGCUGGAGGCGGGCGGGUACAACUACUACGGCACGGAGCGUCUGUACAGCGGCGUGGACGGCCGAGAGAUGAAGGCCGACAUAUUCUUCGGACUGGUGCACUACCAGCGGCUGAGGCACAUGGUGUCUGAUAAGUGGCAGGUUCGUACAACAGGCGCAGUAGACGCGCUCACUCGACAGCCGGUGAAGGGAAGAAGACGUGGAGGAGGAGUUAGGCUGGGGGAGAUGGAACGAGACGCGCUCAUCUCCCACGGAGCAGCCUUCAUGCUGCAAGACCGGCUGUUCAACUGCUCGGACAAGAGUCAGGCCGUGCUCUGCAGAAAGUGCGGAACAUUGUUGGGGCCAAUAGCUGGCCAUGUGGUGGCGGACAAAGAAACGUGUCGGCUUUGCCAUGAAGGCGAUCUAGUCUCUAUUACAAUACCUUACGUGUUCAAAUUGUUUGUCACGCAGUUGGCAGCUGUUAAUAUUAAUGUUAAGAUUAACUGUUCUAAUUCUGCCGCGUUGAUUGCCUGAUAAAAUAUGUAUUUGGACGA